UUCUUACCAGUCUAUAGUAUUCCGAAUUCCUCAUUGUUUAGCGUUGAUCACUUGAGCAUACAGCAUGAUUACUGAUUGAGAACUUGGCAAUUUUCUUAUCUAAAGUCGGUGGCAACUUCAACAAUUUCUAGCUAACGUGAAAGAAAAAUGCAAUCAAGAAUAGUUGCAUCACUGAAAUCGGCACCCAUUUCAAAAUGGGUCUCCUUUGAUCCUCUAUUGCAACAGAAUCGAGUUAUAAUUUCAUCAUGGGUUGGACCAAAUUGUUAUUCUACUUCAACUCAUCAAACAGCUGAUACUGCCGUUCAUUCCGAAGAUCCCACGGGAGAUGACGCGGAUGAGGCUGCAAAAUAUGAAGCUGCAAAAGAAAACCAGCAACUGGGGCCUGCGAGAAAUGACCUAUCGGACUUGAAAGUUGAUCCAGCUGAUGCAAUCAAGCCAGGAAAAGGAAGUGCGAGGUUGGAAAGUUCAGGAGUCAAUCAACCGUUGGACCCAUUAAAACAACAAAAAAGGCAUUAUAGUAACAGCUCGAAUUCGCAGCAAAUGCAAACCGGAGGAGGAAAAUCAUCACCAUUACCUCCAUCUCUAGAUGAAGUGACUUGUGUUGGUGGUAUGGAUGGAUCCCCAUGGCCAGAUGAUGAAGAUAGCAUGGAAGACAACAAAGAGUACUACAAACAUCAUAAGCCUUCCCCUUUGUCAAAAGUAGAGGCGUCUGAUAGUAGAAAACCAGUUACACAAGCUACUGAUGGUGGUGCAAGUGAAAGUUUGUAUACCAGGGAAGGUGACAAAACUUUUUCGGAAGAACAACGUGAUACCGCUGAGGAAGCUUUGUUGAGGGCUAGUAGGAUUUGGAAAGAAUCUGCAAUGAGAGAUGAUCCUGAUUCUCCACAAGCUAGAGCUCUUAGAAGAGCUAUAAAGGAGCAAAGAGGAAAGGUUCGCAUUCUGUCCGGUACUGAGCGCGAUUCGUUUGUUCCAAUUCCAAGUGUUAAUAGCGUAAAAUCCUUUAGUGGGCUUCAGGGCUUGUACUGAUUUGUAAUUUCCUGGUUUUGGACUUUCAGUUGAUUUGUUUUUCUUUCUUUGCGUUUGUACCACCACCCUUUUGCUGACUGUGCAGUCUUUAUGUUUUGGAGUAGAAAACUACGGAUUAAAGUUGAUCACAUUGUUUGUGUGGCUGACUGAGAUUCAAUCAAUAAGACGUCAGAAAUAUUUUUCUA